GCUCCUCUCAGCCCCAGCAGUUUGUUCCUCACAGAGCGAGACUCGAGCUGCGAAAUCAGGAGAGAGAGAGAGAGAACGGGAGAGCGAGAGACAGAACAAGCAAAUCAGAAAGUGUGUGCUGGGACGCUGGGGUUUAUUUAGUGCGCAAUAGUUUCCCAGAAGUCUUCAGAUGCGCGGCCGUAUAGUUUGACACCCCGUAUUCGCCAGUUUGACAACUUAAACAACUUCGACAACUCGUUGGAGUGUUUUUUCCCCUGAAAUCGCGGGUCUCGAGAAGGAAAGCGGGAGGAAAGCCCAACAUCUGGAUACGCGAUUUUCGCCGACUGUGUUGCUGCUUCUGGUAGAUAAUACGUCUCGUGAAGGAUAUAAACUAACUUUUUUGUACUGCUGCGAGUUUGGUAAGGAGUCCAGCCACACUGGUAAGACCAGACGUGACCUGCGCCUUUUCCCGGUGCGCCACAGUGUAGCCCAGCGGGUGUAUGCCAGGACAACUCUCAGCAUUGGGACGCAGGAAAUAAGUUGUGCGUGUGUGGUAGUAGUGGAUCUUUCUCUCUCUCGCGCACACACACACACACACACACACACACACGCACAGUCACGGACGUGCAUGUGUGCGUGUGAAUAGAAGGCUAGUGGACAGGACACGGUGUGGCUGAAGAGGAGGGGUGAAUGCCUUGGCCGGGACUGCACUGGUGCGUGUGCUGCAGGCAGGGGUUCAAUCUGCUGGGCCGCGAGCAUGCGGAGAAAGAGGAGGAAGAAUCCUUUGAGUUGCGCAAUAAGGAAGAAGUGAAGAGCAAUGGACGGCGCCCCCUGGAGGUGAUCCUGUCUCAGCCCGCCCCCCGCUCCACCAACGGGACAUGCAGGCUGUCUGAUGUGUCCGAUGAGAUGCGGAGUCUGAUCGUGAAGAAGAGCAGGCCGGUGGUGGAGGAGGACCCAGACGUGCUCGUCAAAGGUUGGCUGUACCGUGAGAUGGGGAGCGGCUGGUGUCGUCUGAAGCGCUUCUGGUUCCGUCUGAGUGCCGACUCGCUGGACUACAGCAGCGGGCCGCUCUCCCAGCAGACACUCAGCAGCCUGGUGCUCACCAGCCUCUGCUGCGUACUGUGGCCCGACAAGCACACCUACCGCAAGACAGGCUACUGGAGCCUGUGUGUGUUUGGGAGGAAGCACUGCUACCGGCUGUUCACGCGGCACUUCAACGAGGCCAUGCACUGGGCCUGUGCCAUCCAGAAGGUCAUCGACAGCAAGCCUCCACUGGAGACGCCCACGCAGACACUCAUCAGGGACAUAGAGGAGAACAAGUUUAACCCGGAGGUGGUGGAGCACAUUUACGAGCAUAACCCCAUCCUGAGGUACAGCCAGUCCCCCCUCUACGCGCCCCUGCUACCCUUGCCCUAUGGCAGUCUGGAUCACAUGCAGGUGCGAGGCAAGGGCUACCGCAGCGUGCGCGAGGAGGCGGUGCGCCUGUUCAGCGGGCUGCAGCAGCUGGAGUCGGUGGCCGAGCCCAUCCCCCUCAUCCAGGGCCUCCUGCAGACCUGCCUGGACCUGCCCGCCCUGCGAGACGAGCUGUACGCCCAGGCCAUCAAGCAGACCACGCACACCACCACCACCACCAGCAGCACCAGCAGCACAACCAGCACCACCACCAUUAACACACACUCAAACACACACACAAAGGACUCGAGCGCACUCACCACGACGAUACAUCACCACAACAACACAAGCGGCACGACAACAACAACAACAACACACGUGCCACUGGCCAACGCGGUCGCACACACGCACUCGCGCAACAACAGCACACACUCGCAGCACAGCAACACGUUGGUGGUGAAGGCGAACGGACACGCCAACGGGCAGGCGAAUGGAGAACCGGCCACGUUAGUCAUUGAUAACGGCACACAAACGCUUUCUCUCACACACCACCAGUCCAACGGACAGGCUCACACACACCCGUACACACACGCGCAGCUCGCGCAGACCCAGGCGCAGGCACGGGCGCAGGCCCACGCACACCUGCGCUACUGGCAACUGCUCACCUGCAUGAGCUGCACGUUCCUGCCCAGCAGCGGAGUUCUCAAGCACCUGCAGUUCCACCUCAAGAGGGUUCAGAACGAGUGCGUGGACCCCGAGGUGGAGAGCUACACCUGGUUCAUCUCGGAGGCGCUGACGCGGACGCGUGGCCGGGACUGUGUGCCCUCCUGGGGGGAGAUCCAGCAGCUGAUGAGGAGGCAGGAGCUGGUGUGUGUGGUGCACUACCCGGGACCCGCUAACUGCCCACUACGCAUCAGCUCACACACAACAGCCAGCCAGGUGGUGAGGAGGAUGAGGGACUUGCUGGGGCUGCAGGACAGCCUCAACACCUUCGCCCUGUUCGAGCAGAGUGCAAGCUGGGAGAAGCAGAAUGCAUGCUGGGAGAAGCUCAUCGGGGGCACCACCAUCAUCGCUGACGUCCUCACCAAGUUCGAGAACAGUCUGUCUGCCAAGGGCACGGAGGGCCAGAGGAGGCUGUGCUUCAAGCUGCACUGCCUGCUGGACACACACAACAUCUCCCACGGCAGCAUGGAGCAGCUCUUCCUCUACGAACAGUGCCAUGAGCAGGUGCUGCGAGGGCAGCUGCCGGUGUGUGAGGCUGACCUGGUGUGCCUGGCGGCCCUGCGUCUGCAGGCCCAGAUGGGAGACCUGAGCGCCGCGCCCCCCUGCCCCCCUCCGGAGCAGCUCUUCCCCCGCAGCAUCCUCCUCCGUCCCCCUGGUACCACCAGCACCAUCACCAGCACCACCACAGCCAAUAACAACACUGCCACCACAGCUAUCGCUGGUGCUCCUGAUGCACCAGCCACCAACCCUGCAGCCCCUUCCCCAGACUCCAGCUCCCUGUCCUGGGCACUGCUGGGCGGCCUGUGGGGGCGUAAGCGGCGGGAGCAGGAGGAGGAGUGCGCUCGGAGCCGGCUGAAGGAGGAGGCUGCCGCCGUCAUGGCCGCCGUUGCCGAGCGAUGGAGGGGGCUGGCCGGACUCAGCCGAGCCGACUGCAUGACCGCCUACCUGUCCGUCAUGAGGCAGUGGGCCGGGUUCGGGUCGGCGCUGUACGAGGUGGACGUGUACGUGAGCUCGUUGGGUAGCUUCUCUGGCAGGUUGCUGCUGGGCGUGGCGGCCUCCUGUGUGUCGUUGUACCAGCCUGGGGAGGCGGAGCCUCUGGACUCCUUCCCCAUUGGUCAGAUCUGCUCCUAUGGCAUCGCGGACCCACACACACUACGCAUCAGCACCGGAGACAGAGAUCUGCUGCUACAGACCAGCCAGCUGACAGAGAUUGUGCACUUGAUGAAUGCCUACCUCUGUGCCACGCGACGUCAUCUGGGCAAGGGGGAUGUCACCGUCACCAUGGAAACGACACAUCCCAAGAUGCAGUGCAACCCGCUGCUCCAGCUGCCCUCGCACGCAGUGUGACGAACGAUGAGACGGCCAUCGCAAACACACACACUCACGAACACACACAUGGAUACACACGCAAAUGCACGCAAGGGGCUCAACCCAAUGUCCUCAAAGCACUGAGAAUGAUGGGAAAAGACAUAAAAAACUAUGGAAUAAUCACUGCAAAUGCACUCACAGACUGUCAUCACUUCCCAAUACAAAUUGGGAACACGCAGACAGACAGACAGGCAGGCAGGCAGACAAGUCUGACACAGACACUCAAGACUAAAAAAACCCCAAACAAACUCACAGACACACACACUGCCCUGGACUUCUAAGAGCACUGUCAGACCUUUGAGAGCUCACAGGCGGAUAAAGAAGAGAGACAAUCAGGGAUCCACAGGCUGAGUGAGUGGAGAGAGAGAGGAGGGAGGAGGGGGAGAGAUGGAGAAAAGCGAGGGAGGGAGGGAGGGAGAGAAGGGGAGCACGGCAGCCAUCCAGCCAGCCAGCCAUCCAGACCUUGCAUGGGCGUGUUUGGCUGAAAGCAAGGAGCCUUCUGGGCCCAGAUGCACUCAGCGGGAGAGGUUACGGCUCUGAAGGAGCAGAGAACAUCCUGUCCUCCCCUUUCCCUCCAUCCCUCCCUCCCUCCGGCACUGAAGGACUCUGGGAACGGACACUGGGGGAUUCUGGGUAAGGCCAAAAGCCCAGACUCAAAAUACUCAGAAGAAGUGACUCCUCACCCAGAGCUGAUGACGGAUGUUUGAUCUGUGGUUGGCUUGUCUGACUUGACUUGACCAUGUGAUGAUUUGUUUGUGUGUCUUUUUUUCCUGCCAAGAGGAUCUCCCCUGAGGCGGGAGAAAGGGUUGGGCCCGCCAACAGGACCUUUGUACUUUAAAUGUGUACUUUUUUGUAAUGUUUCAUCUUUUAAUAUUCGCUUGGAAAGAACUGUAGAAAAAAAACCCCACACCUUUAACAACUUCAGUUACCCAGAAACCUUACUGUGCAAGUGUGCGCGCAAGAGCACGACGUGAUCGGACAUGAUCACAGACGGUUUGGCUGUUCUCCCUCAAGAGCCUGGCUGAACUCGGACCAAAGCUUCUGGAAGCUUCUAAGUCUAAUCAAUCACCCCUCAGCUCACACUACUGUACACUACACUACACUGCACAACACUACAGCCUCGAAUCAAGACUCUGCUUCCUCUCUACAGAACAUGAUGGUGAUAUUCAGUAUCCCGGCUGUGUGCUAGAUGGCCUGAAUGUUAUUCUCUAAUGAAGCCCUUACAGCAGUGGUCUCCAAACGGAUGGCGGCCCGCGAGCCAGAUCCGACCUGGGCCUGGCAAACAUUUGGUCAGCCACGAAGUUGGAACAAAUAAUAACAUAAACGUAUGCCAUCUGUGGCCAUACGGUCAGGCGAUUUGUUUUGCCCUCUACAUAAUUUGGCCCUUGGGGAAAAGAAUUGGAGAAUUGUGAUGUAGUAGGUGAAGUACUUACAAAGGCACCAGGAUACUGUUAACACCUUAUCCAUUUAAAGAUUCUUUGUUUCAGCAGCGUUGCAGAGCCAGACACAUUUGCAUGUCUGAAUGUUGUUUUUGGUAACUGGGUUACACUCGUGUGUGUGCGCCUGUGUAGAGAAUGGAAAAAAUAGACUCUUGUGCUCUUCAGGAAAACUCGGACCUUAUUCAUGUCGACACCUUAUCUUGAAUUAGACCGAAACCAGGUCAAGGCUCAUAUUUCAGGCUACUUAAAUGCGUGUAAACAUGAAGAGUUCUAGUGCAAAACCCUUUCAAAGCCAUGACAAAAAUAUUAAUUUAGUUUUUAAAUGGCAUUUUCACCAAGUAAUUACAAAAAACAAGACAUUAUCAGAUAAAGCAAGUCAUGCCCAAACAAAAUUAGAUUUUUGAAAUUUACUAAAUUUUUGAAGUUAACUAAAUUUGCCGAAAUAAAUCUGUCUUUUUUUUAAAGUAAUCGUCAGUGCACUUGAAGGGUUUUGCAUUCAAACUCAUAUAUUCAGUGAGGACUGACACCCUUGUGCACUGCACACACAUACACACACACACACAGCAGUCAGCUCAAUGGGAAUAGCAGUAGGCAGCUGCGGGCAGCUGGGAGCGAAGGGGGGAACUAAAACAGAACUGUUUGCAGCUUCCAGCUCGUAAUGAAUUGGUUUUGCCAUGCGGUACUUUUUUGUUGUUUUUCCCUGUCACUUGUUAAUUGGCCACUGCACUGUUGAUUGUACAGCUGACUCAAGACGUGCAAUAAUAAUAAUAUAGCUAACAACAAACAAUAAAUACUGUAUGUAUUAUAAAUAAACAACCAUUAUACCA